AUGGUCGGAGGGUCGGUGCUUCCCCAGACGACUCGUCUUCUCACACCGAACAACCACGGCCAGGGCUCGGAGCAAAGGCAGCACGGGCAGCAAGGAGGCCACUUGCCGCCGCCGCCGCCGCUGCUGCAAAGUCGAUGGAGAAGCCUGGAGGAAUUCCGGCAGGCGCACGCCCAGUUCAUCAAGCUCGGGCAGGACUGCGACCCCCGCUGCGCCAGCAGCCUCAUCACGUCCUGCGCGCUGUCGGAGUGGGGGAGCAUGGAGUACGCCGUCUCCAUCUUCCGCCGCGCCGCCGCGCCGACGACCUACGACGUGAACACGCUCGUCAGAGGGCACGUUCUCGCAGGAGACCCCUUGGCGGCGGUGCUCCUCUACAAGGAGAUGGAGGAGGAGGGAGGUUUCCAGGCGGAUAACUUCACCUUCACCUUCCUCCUCAAGGCGUGCAGCCGGCUGGCGGCGGCUGGUGAGGGGCAGCAGCUGCACGGGCAGACCCACAAGCUGGGCUUCCACGGCGACGGGUUCGUUCAGAAUAGCCUGAUCAGCCUGUACGGACGCUGCGGGGAGGUGGCGCUCGCCGGCGCCGUGUUUGAACGGAUGGGCACGCAGAGGAACGCCGCCUCCUGGAGCGCCCUCAUGGCGGCGCUCACCCGCGCGGGCCGGUGGGCGGAGUGCCUUGCCCUGUACGGGCGGAUGAAGUCCGAGGGCUGUCGGGCGGAGGAGAGUGCCCUCGGCAGCGUACUAGUGGCGGCGGCCCAUCUCGGCGCGCUGGAGAUCGGGCGGCGCGCGCACGGCUGCCUGCUGAGGAGCGCCGCCGGGUGGAGCAGCGUCAUCGUGCAAACUUCUCUUAUAGAUAUGUACAUGAAGUGCGGGAACUCGGAGAGAGGGAUGCGGGUCUUCGGAGCGAUGGAGGAGAAGAACCUGUGGACUUACAGCGCGGUGAUCUCCGGGCUGGCGCUGCACGGGGACGGCGAGGGGGCAUUGCGGGUGUUCGCCGGCAUGCUGACGGAGGGGCUCCGGCCGGACGGCGCGGUCUACGUCGGCGUGCUGACGGCUUGCGCCCGCCGGGGAAUGCUGGCGGAGGGCCGCCGGUGCUUCGAGAUGAUGAGGCGGGAGCACGGCGUGGCGGCGACGAAGCAGCACUACGCCUGCAUGGUGGACCUCCUGGCCCGCGCCGGGAAGGUCGAGGAGGCGCACGAGCUCGUCCUGGAGAUGCCGGAGGAGCCCCACGACGUCGUCUGGCGGUGUCUGCUCAGCGCCUGCAGAGUGCACGGGAAGGCAGGGCUCGGGGAGCUGGCCGCAAGGAAGCUGAUGGAGAUGGCCACCGGCAAUGCCGGAGACUACCUGCUCCUCUCGAACAUGUACGCGCGCGCCGGCAGGUGGGAGGAGGCGGCGGCGGUGCGGACGGCGAUGGUGGACGGGGGGCUGCCGCAGGCGGCCGGCACCAGCGCUGUGGAGGCCGCCGGGACGCUACACAGUUUCGUCUCCCAGGACCGGUCGCACCCGCAGAACCGCCGGAUCUACGAGAUGCUCCGGCAGGUGGAGUGGCAGCUGAGGUUCGAGGGGUACUCGCCGGAUACGUCGCAGUCGGCCGUCGUCGACGGCGACGAGGAGGAGAAGCGGCGGCUCCUCGCCGGGCACAGCCAGAAGCUCGCCAUUGCCUUCGGCCUCAUCAGCACCCACCAUGGAUCCCCCAUCAGGAUCGUGAGGAACCUGAGAAUGUGCGGCGACUGCCACACUUACAGCAAGCUCGUCUCCAAGGUCUUCGACUGGGAGCUCGUCGUCAGGGAGCCCGGCAGGUUCCACCGCUUCAAGGAAGGAACCUGCUCCUGCGGCGACUACUGGUAG